AUGGCCGACAGCGCCAGCGAGAGCGACACGGACGGCGCGGGCGGGCCGGGGGGCGGCGGGCCCGGGGGCAGCGGGGGGCCCGGCGGGCCGGGGGGCGGCGGGCCCGGAGGAGGAGGCCCGGGCGGCGGUGGCGGCGGCGGCGGGAAGCCGGGCGGCAUUGUCAUCUCGCCGUUCCGCCUGGAGGAGCUCACCAACCGGCUGGCGUCGCUGCAGCAGGAGAACAAGGUGCUCAAGAUCGAGCUGGAGACGUACAAGCUCAAGUGCAAGGCGCUGCAGGAGGAGAACCGCGACCUGCGCAAGGCCAGCGUCACCAUCCAAGCCCGGGCUGAGCAGGAGGAGGAGUUCAUCAGCAACACGUUGUUCAAGAAGAUUCAGGCCUUGCAGAAGGAGAAGGAGACGCUGGCUGUGAACUAUGAGAAGGAAGAGGAGUUCCUCACCAACGAGCUCUCCCGAAAGCUAAUGCAGCUCCAGCAUGAAAAAGCUGAACUGGAGCAGCACCUGGAACAGGAGCAGGAGUUUCAGGUCAAUAAACUGAUGAAGAAAAUCAAGAAACUGGAGAAUGAUACUAUCUCAAAGCAGCUUACCCUGGAGCAGCUGCGGCGCGAGAAGAUCGACCUGGAGAACACGCUGGAGCAGGAGCAGGAGGCGCUCGUCAACCGGCUCUGGAAGAGGAUGGACAAGCUGGAGGCCGAGAAGCGGAUCUUGCAGGAGAAGCUGGACCAGCCGGUGUCGGCGCCGCCGUCGCCCCGCGACAUCUCCAUGGAGAUCGACUCCCCGGAGAACAUGAUGCGCCACAUCCGCUUCCUCAAGAACGAGGUGGAGCGGCUCAAGAAGCAGCUGCGGGCGGCCCAGCUCCAGCACUCGGAGAAGAUGGCGCAGUACCUGGAGGAGGAGCGCCACAUGCGGGAGGAGAACCUGCGGCUGCAGAGGAAGCUGCAGCGCGAGAUGGAGCGCCGCGAGGCCUUGUGCCGGCAGCUGUCCGAGAGCGAGUCCAGCCUGGAGAUGGACGAUGAGAGGUACUUUAACGAGAUGUCGGCCCAAGGAUUGAGACCGCGCACUGUGUCCAGCCCGAUCCCCUACACGCCCUCGCCCAGCUCCAGCAGGCCCAUCUCGCCGGGUCUGACCUACGCCAGUCACACGGUCGGCUUCACCCCACCGACGUCGCUGCCUCGAGCCGGAAUGUCUUACUACAACUCCCCCGGACUCCACGUGCAGCACAUGGGAGCUUCCCACGGCAUCACAAGGCCUUCGCCCCGAAGAAGCAACAGUCCGGACAAAUUUAAACGGCCCACGCCUCCGCCAUCUCCGAACACACAGACCCCUGUCCAGCCUCCGCCGCCUCCGCCCCCGCCUCCCAUGCAGUCCUCCCUCCCCUCCGCCACGUCACCAACCGCCUCCUCGCCACACUCAGUGCACCCCCCCUCACAGCCCUAGUGCAUGCGCUGCCGCGGGGCCCCGUCGCGUCCUGGGACUCGGGAGGCCGCCGAGGACACCGGCCAGAGGCUCCCGGCGGCCUGAGCUGCGGCACCGAGGGCCUCCGGACUCUGUAGUGGUGUCGUACGUGUGUCUGAAUGCAGCCGCCUGGCCGUCUGACACUAACUCCCUAGAACAACCUCGUCCAUCAGUGUUUACUUGAAUGUACACGCAGGCCCCUGUGCUGGCCGGAGCGCUCGCUCCUCGGCCUUUGGUGGCGUGGCCGGCCGCCCGUGCUCCGCUCUAGAGGGCUUUGUUCUCCUCCCGGCUUUUAGGUUGCUAAGAUAGAAGGGAGCCCCGUGUGUGCCUGCCCCCCCUCGGCCCCUGGCAGAAAGAUGGUGGGCCUCCGACCCGGGUCUUACUGCUCAGAACCCGGCGCCUGCCCACACGCACCGCCCGCAGCCUCUUGUCGAGCUCCCUGUGUCCCAUCCACCCACCCGCCACGUUUCUUGUCGGCAGUCGGAUCGGCCCCAUUCCUGGAGCUCGAGGAGGGGCCGUUUCCUUGCUUGAUCCCCUCAUCCUCCUCGUAAGCCGACCACGCUGGUACGUCCAGCACGAUUCUGUCCGAGUCGUUGGCCCCCCCAGCUAGGGGCCCAAGUCCAGGACGCCACCGGUAUGGCCCAGGGCUGUGAGGGUGAGUGUGGAAGCCUCUGGUUUCCCUCCCUGCGGGCUCCCCCUUCCCCUCCCCACCCCCGUGCCCUGCCCUGCCCUCCCCACUAGCGGGCGGCACGUCCACUCUGAGCCCCCAGAGCAGAGCUGGGACGAGCGUCCCAAGAAGCAGCUUCUUCCUGAGGCCGGUGGAGAGCAGACGUGACGGGAACGUCGGCAGAGUAGCCCGAAGCUCCGUGGGGCUCGGCAGAGGAUGAGGAAGGCUGUGUGUGUGUCCGUGUGUCCAGAAGUCCAGCCCUCCUGUCAGCAGCACAAGCAGCGCCGCGCCCAAGGCGGGCUCCCGCUUCCCUUCCUCCUAGCGAAAUGCUCCUCUGGGUUCGGCAGCCGUUUUGUUUUUGUACUUGGCUAGUGACGUGAUCUCCCCCGGUGUUUGCUAUUUCUCUAUGCCGUGGACAAAAGCUUCCUUCUUAGAGAAUGUAUAUUUUAUGAUGAGAAUGUGUAACUAUUCUGUUGGCUCUAAUCAGAGAACUGAAAAAUAAUUUAUCCGUCUUUUUUUUAAGAAUUCAUGUUUUGUGACCGAACCAUCUCGCCUGCCCCCCUUUUAUGGAACUCGCCUAAACAGAGGAACCUUGUAGAUAUUAAACAUUGUGCAGUCGUGUCCACUUUCCUUUUUGCCUUUGAAUACCUGUUUCAGUCUAAGGAGCGUCCCGGAGCAGAGUGCUCGGUGAGUGGGCUCGGAAGGUAGUGGCCGCCGUAGAAUCGGCUCCCCUUUGCGCUUUCCACGCCAAAACAAGGACGCACAGCUCAGGCUCCUGAGCGUGUCCGAAGACAGUGCGCGCUCUGUCCAUCUUACGUUUGGCGCUGCGGGUGCGUUACCUUAACAGCCACGCCGAGAAAGAUCCCAUAAACCCAGCCACCAGGUUUCCAUAACGGGUCACGGCAGCUCGUGGGGACGUCCUCAACCAUGUGACGCACUCAGAGGUCCCCUUUGUCCCCCCAGCCCCGAGGGCCCCCUUCCCACUCAUGGAGUCCGUCAGGGACUUGUCCCACUGUCUGCCCUGGAAAGAAGAAGCUCUCCCUGCAGGAAGGACUUUCUCCAAGAAUAUUCCAGGGGACAGACGGCUCGCCUCUCGGAGUUCCUUCUAGCCCCGUCCUCCGUGCCCAGAGAAUUCAUUUUCCCCAGCGAAAGCACAGAAGUCAGUGUUGAAGAGAAUGGACGGGAUGAACAAACGAUUCUCUCGGAGGUGGAAGGAGAAGCGUGGAACAGAUACAGAUGAAUUAAGGGGAGAAUCCUUCAGAAAUUCAGGUUUCUACAAAGGCAAACUGCCGCUUGGUUCCAACACCGAGAAGCAGAAGCCGCCGGGCCUCUCCGGUGUAAGUGCAGCCGGAUGCCUCCCCUGCUGCCGCCAUGCCACGUCGGCAGGACCAACACCGCCCCUGGAUGGUCAUGCGAUGGCCUCUCAAAGCGUUCUCUGCCCCCUGGUGGUCUGUUAGGGUAUCAGGACUGACCGCGCCAUGGGGCCUGGCCCGGCCCCUGUGGGGUCAGGCACACCGCGGGAGAAGCCCCUUGUCCUCACUGACCCUUGCCUCAUUGCCCCCCUCCCGGCAUCUUUCGGACAGAGGAUCCUGGCCGCUGCUCCUCCUGGGUGUCCCAUCUUCAGAGAUCUCGAAAGUCAGCCGUGGUACCAUAGAGCUGGCUUCCUAGAGGCAUCCGUCCGCAGACCCUCGGUCCGAGCAGAGCCAUCACCAUCGGAUAAGCGUCCGCCAUCUUCUUUCUACUGAUGGCCGAGAGGCGGGUCCAUGGGGCUCCCUUUGCAGAAUUCCAGUGGCUUCGUGGAAGGUAGAAACUCUCCCCAGUUUUCAUGCCCCUCUCGAGCCCGUCGAGUUUGGGUCUUAGUGAUGAGCUCAGAAGAUGAUUCCCAGCACCGUGGCAUGAAUGUGUGAGCAGAGUGGACUUGGACACCAAGUGCUCUCUGUCUGCCCCCAGGAUCCAUUGGCCGUUCUCCACUCGGACCAAAAAGAAUCGUGUCCGUUAUCGCUAAACUUUGGACCCAACCGUGAGAGGCGAGAGGUUCUGCGUGCCCCUUCCCCUGCCUUCCCCUCUCUAGAGGCGGGUUUUCCUUCAGGAAGCCUUGCUAGGAAAGGACGAGCCAUCCGCGCUUGGACAUCUCCGUGUUUUGCUUGGCAGUACAGAAGCCUCGGUGUGGCUCGGGCUUCUGGCCGGUAGUUGUCUCGUGGGUCACCAACCGUGAAACCUUGUAACGAGGAUUACCAAAGAGUAGGUAGCAAACCGAUAGUUUAUUUCCCAAUGAUUAGUGAGCCAGUCCUUGAAGCUGCUACGCGAGUUCCAUGCUCAAGAGCCAUGAUAACAAAUUAAGGGAGUUUUUUAACAACAGAAAAUGAGACGCCACACACGGCGGCCAGCCUAGAGUCCUGGGAGCACGUUCCCGAGCGCUGGGCAGUCUUUGGAGUGCGAUGAACUGUCCGGUCUGGUCCGGUCGGCCUCUCCUCAGGGGGAUGGAGAGAACCCAGUAUUCUUACAGGUGUGGGAGCUGCGUGUGCGUGUGCGUGUGCAGUGUCUACAUGUGUCUCUGUGUUCAUUCAUGCCUUAACUCUGGUUACUGCUCAACUUUAGUUCUUGGCUUAGUUUGCCUCGUCAACUAGAUUGUAUCAUACAUCUCGAUCUGAACUUCCUCUUGGCCAAAACUCCCACCAAAACAAAACGACCCAAAGCCAAAAGAACUGAUUCCACAGAAAAUUCUUUAAUCAGGUCAACCCCGAGUCUCCUUUGGACUUUGUUGGGCACUUAAGAAGUCCUUUAAGAGUGAAAGGAGACGUGGAAGGAAUUCACCGAGGAGAGGAGCGUGUCUUCUCCCCGGGACAUCUCGGUGCCUGGUGUUAGCGACCCACCACGGUCCGGCCCUCCAGCUGGAGUAGAAUUGGAGACGUUCUUGCUUGGUCAGAGUUUAGAGAGAUGUAAGACUUCCAGUUAAUGUCUUCUUUGCUUCUUUGUGUUGAUUAGUCUUUGAUACAUGUGCUGAAUCAGAACCUGAAUAAAGAUAAUUUUUUUAAAAUGGA